AUGUCAAAUGAGAACAUUAACCGGCUGGUCUCACACGACCUUCCGUCAUCUGGUAACGUCUCGGACAGUGACGAAGUGGAAUUCAGAAAGAACAGAAACACAGUGAAACAAAUGAUUCUCCGCUUCGAAAGAACGGGCAUACAUCUUGGUGCAUCGAGUGAAUCUUUGGAGAGACUUAGAGAUCCAAUGUUUGGUAGUUUUAGUAGUGUCGUUAAUCCUUUGCAAUCGCACUUCCAGCAUUUGUGCCCAGUGAAACCGUCUCACGAUAGAAAUUCGAAUGUAUCAGUGAAUUCUAUAUUGUCUAACGUUUCGGAAAUAAGUUAUGAAUCUAGUUCUUCCGGAUUCGUUUCGGAUCGAAAAUCAUCGUCUUUGAAACCUCAUAGACCAGCACCGCCCCCGCCACCGCCUGCGCCGUUUAAUGACAGUCCUACGAUAGAAAGUAAGUCCCCUGCCCCUGAAGAAAGCAAUCCAGUAAAAGAAAGGCGGUACUCUUACGCUACGCCGUCCACCUCACCGAUCGUGCAGCGACGGUCGCGCCAACCGCCAGUUAUUCGAAGAAAAUCUUCCCUUUCUGGGCAAAACCACACCGGGGAGACAUUAUGGUCAUAUGGUGUCAGGCAGAGUGAUUUAGAGAAAUUACUAAGACUGAAGCUAUCGGAAUCUUCGGAUAAUGAAGAACUAGAAAAGCCUAAUCUUAUUGAAACGUCAUCUAGUGGUAGUAGUAGCAGUGGCGAUUCUAACGAUAGUGAUAAAAUGAAAGAAGGAGAUGAGUACGUGGUCAAUAAUGACGAAUGUAAAGCAGAUACAAUAUCGACGGACCAGUCGACGGAUACAUUAAUUAACGAUUAUGAAAGUGACGAGGCGGACAAUUUAUCCGUUGCAUCUGCGGACCCUAGUAACUACGAUAAUGUUAGCAUAAAAUCCAUAUCGUCGUUCGACAUGGUUCCUUACCAAAAGUAUGACAGUAUUACGGUGUCAUCAGACGAGUUCGGCUCCGAGGUGUGCCACGCUCCGGACACAGAGUUUCUCACAGUGAGUGCAGUUAACGAGUGGUGCGUUUCAAAGUCCAUAGAACCGGUAUUGAUGCCUGUGGAAUCGAAAAAGGAGAAAUAUCGCAGGCGAAUGACUGAACGCGUGAAUGAGUUGCUACACACGGAAAACGUUUACGUGGAGCGCCUAAAGCACGUGGUAGAUGACUACAUCCCCGAAAUGUCCAAGGAGGAUAUACCAAUCACGCUUAAGGGGAUGAAGGUGGACAUAUUUGCGAACAUUGAACGAAUAUGUCGGUUCCACGCUGAGGAAUUCCUGCCGGCGUUAAGAGACUGCGAAAAUGAUCUUAGGAAGCUCGGACAGUGUUUUAGGAGAUUUGAACAAAGGUUUAAUAUGUACGUGAUGUACUCUAAAAACAAUAAGAGGGCUACAAGACUUGUAUAUGAACAUAAACAUUUUUUCCAGCGAAGACAGUUAGAAUUAGGGGAUAGAUUAGAUCUCUCGAGUUACCUUUUAGAACCAGUGCAAAGAAUACCUAGGUAUAAACUGUUCCUGGACGAUCUCGUUAAGACAUACAUUAACUACGAUAACGAGAGAUGCGAAUCAGACUCUAGGAUAUCCAAACUUAGCGUGGACAGUGAUGAAACGGGCGGCAGCAAUGGAGAAUCAGAGACUGAUGAAACGCCAUUAGAAAGUUUAAAAUUAGCUAAAACUAUGAUAGAAUGUGUCCUAACCGCAGUUGACGGGAUAAUGGCAUUAGAAAAUAUCAGAGAUUGUCCUCCCCAACUGAACCUGUUGAAUCAGGGCAGAUUGCUGAGACAGAGUGAAUUCUAUGCGAUGGACAACGCGCGUCGGCGGCGACAGCUCAUGAGAAUCUUUCUGUUUGACAAAUUGGUGCUCAUUACAACUGUUUAUAGGAAGCAAUUGACUGUCGAGUUCUUCAUAUACAAAGAUCACAUUCCGGUCGAUGAUCUCGGUAUAACGGCGAAAGAACACGACCAGUACAAAUUCAGUAUUUGGUACAAAAAGAGGAAUCUCAAGUCAUACAAGCUAGAGACACGAGACCCAGUGGUUCGGAACGGUUGGGUUGAAGAGAUCACGUCACUGCUAUGGGAACAGGCGAUGCAGAAAAAAGAACUCUUGCUGCAGCAGCGCAAGAAGAGAAUAUCUACGAUAUCUAUGGAUAGUCAGGAAUCCACCGAAACGGAUGGGAAGGAUGAUAAAUCACAGUAUCUCUCCUCCAGGUCUGAUAAAUGGUUUCGUUUACGUCAAACUGCACUCAUGAGUUUCUUUGUAGACAAUUCUCUCCGAGGCGUGCCUGGUGAAGUCCGCUGCUCGGGAGACAAGAAAGUUCGAAGAACGACCUGGUAUUGCGAAUGA